UAGAGCAGCAAUUGUCAUAUUGUAGCACACUCUCGUUUUACUGGCAAUAUUACAAAACCUUAAAUAACGGCCUGGACAUCGUACGAAGGCGGAAUGGCAUGUUUUUUAAAAUGUACUAUUUAGUGACAGCUACCUGGAACCCCUUGUAAAUCGUACAUUCCACAUGUGAACGUCCAAAACAAAAAUGGCACAUGAGCACUAACUGGCGCUCAUCGUUUGUGUCGAAAACGAAACCUAACCACCGUGAGGCUGACAUUGAUCCCUGUAACACGAACUGUUAGCCCCCUCGCUGUCACACAGGCAUGGCAACGCAAAUAUCAGCUCUAUUUUCAUAUAUCAGAGCCCCACUGUGUGGUGGCCCUAUGUCCCGUGUCCGUGCUGACUUCCAGGGAGCCGGUGUCAAGUUCAAACACUUUUUAAGUGCUGGGAGCCCCCGGCUGGGAGCCAAGCCAGCAACCAGUCCUGCCCGCGGCCAUAUUAACGCUGCCCAACGAGCACAGAAGUUUUCAACAACAACAGCAGCAGCAGCACUUUGGAAGACCGGCCAAGCUUCCUCUUCUCCCCGGGGCAGCAGAGGUUGGGUGGGAAAGCUAGCCCUCGGUGUCGCCCUCGGAGUGAGCACAGCCGCGCUGGUCCAGUCUCUCCACACCGGGACAGUGACCGCCAUGGCCCGCAAAGUUAAGCUGGACUCCGCUGAGGGAGACUGGAAGCAGACGAAGGACUUCUUGCUGUCUCUGUCUGUGACGGACAGGCGCCAACACUACAGGACUUCUAACUUUGUGCCCUUGGACGACAUCUCUGUGUGGACUCCCACUGCAGUAUCAGAUGGUGCUGAAAAAACUACAAAGUACACGAGGAACAAGUUGUUGGACAAGAAGAUUUCCCUCUACAGCGGUGACAUCACCAUGCUGGAGAUAGACGCUAUCGUCAAUGCAGCCAACAAGACUCUGCUCGGCGGCGGUGGAGUGGACGGAGCGAUUCACCGCGCUGCAGGUCCGCUGCUAAAAAAGGAGUGUGCUUCCCUCCACGGCUGUGAGACUGGGGAGUCCAAGAUCAGUUGUGGCUACGGCCUCCCAGCAAAGUAUGUGAUCCACACCGUGGGGCCGAUCGCACAUGGAGGAGUGGGAGAGGAGGAGAAGAAAGCCUUGAGGUCGUGCUACGAGAACAGCCUGAUAACAGCCACCAAAAACGAGGCACGCACUGUGGCUUUCCCCUGCAUCUCCACUGGAAUCUACGGAUAUCCACCUGAGCAGGCUGUGCAAGUGGCGUUAGCAACUGUGAGAGAGUAUCUGGAUAAACAUCAUGACAAGCUGGACAGAGUCAUCUUCUGCGUGUUCUUGCCGACGGAUAAGGAGCUGUAUCUGAAGAACCUCCCACUCUACUUCCCUGCUGCUCCGACCGAGGCCACAGUGAAGAGUAAACUCUAAGGAAGUGGAUUUGCCAGAUUGUUGUGGAUACAAGCAGCUCCACUCAACAUCCAGAAUCCUCCUCACUGUCGUCGCAGAUCAAGACCUUCAGAGGGCAGAUUGCUUUUCUUUAAGUGCAUGCUGGCUCUUCUCUAGAUGCUGAUUAGUUCCUUUGUUUCUUCAGGAAUGCUUAAGUGGAUUGUCGUGAUGAAAGUGAGAAAUUAUACUGAUCAUUUUUGUUAAAAAAAAUGAAGCUUAAUGUGCACUCUAACUUGACCUUUAUUGUUUGUGAUCAGCAGUAACUUUGCACCAUGAGUUAUGUGCCCUGUGCUGUUUGAAUAUCGGGAAUCGUGUGUGUGUGUGUGUGUGUGUGUGUGAGUGUGUGUGUGUGUGUGUGUGUGUGUGUGUGGCUCCUGGUGUGUAUGAAUUGAUUAUUUCUUGGGAUGCCUCGCAUCAGAAUGUGAAGGAGUCAGACAGAGAGACUGUUUAUCCCUCUGAAAGUAAAUGAGUAGAUUUACUCAGGUAUCGUACUGAGGUAGUUGUACUGUACUUGAGUAUUUCUAUUUUACUUUUAUAUUACUUUAUUCUUCUUCUUCUUCAUCACAUUUCAGGGCAAAUAUCGUAACUUUCUACUGCAAUAAAUUUAUUUCAACCUUGUUGAUGCUAGUCAGAGACUUAAAAAAGAUUAAAAAGUGUGUUCAAAUCA